AUGGCUGUCGACGCGUGGUGUCUCGCUCGAUCACUCGCCGCGAACGAUCCCUCGACGAGCGCAUUGAGCGCGAAGGACGUCGACGAGGCGUUCGCGACGCUCCGUCGUUCGAAUUGCUCCGACGUUCUCGAACGCGCGUUUCUCAGCGCCUUCGCCUCGGGCGUCGGCAAGGACGCGCUCGAGGCGUGGUGCAAGUCGUGUGAGGUGCCGGCGACGCUCGUACGCGCGCUGAACGACGGUGUGAGCGACGAGAGGUUGGACGCGUGGACGCGCGAGCGCGCGGCGCCGGCGACGCUGAAAUUCGCCGAGAUCGUCGAGAGCGAACGAUGCCGCGCGCGGGCGUUCUCUUCGCGCGCGAGGAGUGAAAAUGAGACGUCUGCGAGCGUGGAAGCGUUCGUGCGGGUGUUCGAUGCGGAGGUGGGGGCGAUGGUGUGCGCGCGCGGACCUCCGCGGCUGUCGGCGAUUUUAAGCGCGUGGUAUCGCGUUCAGGCGAAAGAGUACGAUCGAGCGGUGCGUCGACGGUGGGGAGAGACGAGCGAUGACGAGGAGAAUGAUUUGAUGGAGACGAAUAUGUUGGAGCGUCAGGGCACGAUCUCUAUGGACAUCGCGGGAUGCGCGGAGGUGAUGGGACUACUGUGGAGCGCCGCAACAGCGGAGAUGCGCACGGCGCUCGCGAAAUGUCACGAAUCACUCGGACGCGUCGCGGAGAACGCAGCGGCGCGUGCGCUCGGAGGGUGCGUGCAGCAACACGUCGUCCGACGGUGUGAGGGCGCGUUCGAUGCGCCGAAACUCAGGGCGACCUUGCGGUGGGUUCGCGCCGUGCCACUCGAGUUUUUCAAGACGGCGCUGAGCCUGAGUGCGAACGACGGCGCGGCGAUCGAUUCGUGGCGCGGUAGGCUCGAGUACGCUGUGUACGAACAUCUCGGCGCGCUUCGUAUUCACGAACUCUUCGACAUCAUCGUCGAGUACCCUGAUUCUUUGCCGGCAAUUACGGAUUUGCGCACAUGUCUGCAGAACACGAUGCUGCACUCGGUGCUCGUGGACUCCUUUGUCGACGCGACGCGCUCGCGUCUACUCCAUGCGGGGGCUUCAACUGUGGAUAUCGUACAGCAGUACAUAGGGACGAUCAAAACCCUGCUCGAACUCGACCCCUCGGGCGUCGUUCUUGAGCUCGUGAGCGGACCGAUCAAGGAAUAUUUGCGUGAGCGCAAGGACACAAUUCGCUGCGUAGUCACCAUGUUAACCGACGACGGUGGCGGCGGCGAGGGCGACGGCGAAGGCGCGCUGUACGCAGAGCUCGGGCGCUUAGCGCGAGGCGAGAGUAUGGAAUUCGCCGAAUCGAGCGUGCCUGCGCCGAAUCCGAGCGUCGGCUUGAUGGACGCGGACAACUUGGAUCGCAUGGAUAGCAUCACCGCCGAGAUGGUUGCCAUCGCCGCGACGAUAACUGAGGACGCGCACGAGGACGACAUUGUCCAGACGCAGCAGGUCUUGUCGGGAUGGGAUGCGUGGGAGCCCGAACCGGUGGAAACAGAGGCUGCGGCGAGUCGUGGGCGACGAAGGAAGGGCGGAGACAUCAUCGGUCUCUUGGUGGGCAUUUACGGCUCAAAGGAACUCUUUAUCAACGAAUAUCGCACUAUGCUUGCGGAGAAGCUCUUAGCCAAGACGACGUACGAUACCGAUCGUGAGAUGCACGCGCUGGAGUUGUUGAAGCUCCGAUUCGGGGAGGGAAGUCUGCACAACUGCGAGGUGAUGUUGAAGGAUUUCGCGGAUAGCAAGCGUACCAACGCAAACAUCAAGGUGCAGCCAACGACUGGAACGCCGUCGGCGAAGGAUCGACGCGCGAACGACAUACUGAUGCACACUCCGGUUGAAGCGACGAUCGUUUCAUCCAUGUUCUGGCCCGCGUUCUCGACCGACGUGACGGACUUUAAGCUUCCGCAAGAGAUUCAGGAACAGAUGGAUCUGUACGCAAAGCGAUAUCAUCAAAUCAAGGCGCCUCGAAAGAUGGAAUGGAGACCGGCACUGGGAAUAGUGGUCAUGGACGUCACGCACAACGAUCGCACGUUUGAGGUGAGCGUCAAUCCGCUGCAGGCGACGAUUCUUCACCACUUUCAGCGCGCGGAAAGUUGGCGCGCGAGCGAUUUGGCCCACGAAGUUGGCGUGAGCGUAGACGCUCUGAGAAGGCGAAUAGCCGUGUGGAUAAAUCACGGCGUGCUUAUCGAGCGAAAUGACGGACAAGGUGUCGUGUACGCGCUCACCGAACUAACGGACGAGGUUGACGCGAUGGACGGCGUGCAUAACGACGACGAGCACAUCAGUGGUGUCGUCACGGCGGAAGAAAGCGCGGCGGCGGGUAUGAUGGUGUACGAACAAUACGUCAUGGGGAUGCUCACUAACUUCCCAAGUCUCUCGCUGGAUCGUAUCCACAACAUGCUGAAAAUGUUCGUCGUCGACCCGGUGUACGAUAAGUCCAUCGAGGAUCUGGAGCAGUUUUUGCUCGGACUCGUCGCUCAGGACAAGCUCAGCGCGGAUGGUACAUCCUUCUCGAAAAAAUAG